AUGGAUCAAUUGCCUCUAGGGCAUGGAUUUGAUCGGCCCACUUCCCGAAGGAAAAUGCCUGUUCAAGUGGGUCAUCGUGUGCGCAUCGACUAUCACUCCAAGUGGAUUGAAGCUGCACCCUUGGCCGCAAUAACAACUGAGAAAGUCCAACAUUUCCUACAACACAAUAUCUUUUACCGGCAAGGGGGGACUACACUCAAAUUUGCCUCGGUCGCACACUCCAAAACUAAUGGGCAAGUGGAGGCUGCCAACAAACUAAUCAAAGGUAUCCUAAGGAAGAAGUUCGAUGAUGCAAAUGGGUUUUGGCCUGAGAAACUUGACGAAGCAUCAUGGGCAAUCCGAACCACGCAAACAGAGACCACGGGCGAGAUACCCUUAUGUCUAAUGUAUGGCACAGAGGCAGUACUCCCCAUUGAAGUGAUCCAACCAAUACAACGGGUUACACUGUUUGAACCUGAGACUAAUUCGGAGAACAUGCAACUAGACAAAGACCUCUUGGAAGAGAAACGCAUUGCAGCAAACCACCACAACAUCCUGAACAAGCAGCAUGUGGCACACUUCUACAAUUCUCGGGUUAAGAGCAGAACACUUCAGCUCGGGGACUGGUUCCAAAAGAAAGUUCAAACAAAGGUUACCUCACAAUGCCCGAGAUGGGAAGAACAAUAUAAGGUUGUCGAGAUCAUUGCGCCCAACACGUACUAUCUGGAAGACAAGUACGGAGAUAGACGAGCCCACCCUUGGAAUAUGGAAUAG